GUCGCCCGCCUCCGCCUCCGCGCCCCGGGACCAUGGCCGACGGAUCCAAAGUGUUCAAGAAGACCAGUCCCAAUGGGAAGUUAUCCAUCUACCUGGGGAAGCGGGAUUUCGUGGAUCACGUGGAUCACGUGGACCCUGUUGAUGGAGUGGUCCUGAUCGACCCCGAGUACCUGAAGGACAGGAAAGUCUACGUGACCCUCACGGGCGCCUUCCGCUAUGGCCGGGACGACCUGGAUGUCAUUGGCCUGACCUUCCGGAAGGACCUCUACGUCCUGGUGACCCAGAUCUUCCCUCCGGUGCCCGACCAGGCCCCCAAGACCCUGACGCCGCUGCAGGAUAAGCUGCUGAAGAAGCUGGGGGAGAACGCCUACCCCUUCACCUUCGAGAUGGCCACCAACCUGCCCUGUUCGGUCACCCUGCAGCCCGGACCAGACGACGUUGGGAAGUCUUGCGGCGUAGACUUCGAGGUCAAGGGCUUCUGUGCCGAGAACCUGGAGGAGAAGAUUCACAAGAGGAAUUCGGUGCGGCUGGUGAUCCGGAAGAUCCAGUUUGCCCCAAUCAGCACCGGCCCGGCCCCGAAGUCGGAGACGACCCGGCAGUUCAUGAUGUCCGACAAGCCCUUGCACCUGGAGGCCUCCCUGGACAAAGAGGUGUAUUACCACGGGGAUCCCAUCGGGGUCAACGUCAGCAUCAACAACACCACCAGCAAGAUCGUGAAGAAAAUCAAAAUCUCAGUGGAGCAAAUCACUGACGUGGUCCUCUAUUCCCUGGACAAGUACACCAAGGCCGUGUGCACGGAGGAAUUCGCUGAGAACGUGGCGGCCAACUCCACCUUCUCCAAGAGCUACAGCGUGACCCCCCUCCUGAGCAACAACCGGGAGAAGCGGGGCCUGGCCCUCGACGGGAAGCUCAAGCACGAGGACACCAACCUGGCCUCCACCACCGUCCUGAGACCUGGGAUGGACAAAGAAGUUCUGGGGAUCCUGGUUUCCUACAAAGUGAAAGUGAACCUGAUGGUCUCCCGAGGCGGCAUCCUGGGAGAUCUCACCUCGAGUGACGUCGGAGUGGAGGUGCCCGUCAUCCUGAUGCACCCGAAGCCAACAGACGCUACGCCAAGCGCGGAGGACAUUGUGAUCGAAGAAUUCGCUCGGCAGAAGCUCAAGGGCGAGAAGGACGACGACGAAGAGAAGGAGGAGGAGGACAAAGGGGAGAGCUAAUGCGCCUCCUUCCGGGCCGGGGGUGGGGGUGGGGGGCACGGCAUUUCUUGGGCAUCCAUGUCCCAAUACUAAUACUAAUACUGAUAUCAAUAACAGCAAUGCCUGUUGCUCCAUCCGGGCUGGUCUUUUCCGCGUCCGCUUUGUUGCAUCUCAGCCCCAGACCAGGCGGUAACGAGGCGUUUUCCGAUAGUCAGGCUUUCCUGAAAGCGCCGUAUUUGUAAUUAGCAAAGCCAGGGUGCGUAUGCCUAUGUACCAACACGCAAACACCACGCAUGGGACAGCACAGGAAACGGGGGCCCCACCUACUCCCAAGCCAGGCCAGGGGCACAAGAUACAAUUCUGUCAGCUUAGGAUGUCUGUAUGUUGUGAAAGAUCUCAGAGAGGUGUACAAUAAAAUAAUAAAGACGC